UUCCAAAUAACCCAACUUAUCCAAAUGCAUUUUCAUCUUUCUUUCCCAUCGAUUUUUCUUUUGUCUGUACUUUCUUUUCAAUUUCUGACCUGAAAACCAGUCUUUUCUUUUGACUUAGGAACUAAAGAAAGACAGGAAAGAGAAGCACUGGUGGUGCAGUGGUACGGGUGCCCUAUACCAGCUUAGCUACUUUACCAGGCGGAGACGCUCACUCUCACUACCUCUCCUACGGCCACACCACUCCUCCGGCCUCUGCCCUCGGUCACUCACCUUUCUAUUAUUAGCUCUCUCCUCCUUCGUCCUGGUCAACCCAAAAAAUCUCUAUUUUGUUGAAUACUCGAGCUGAACAAUCUCUGGAUCAGAAUCUCCCAAUAACAAAUGGAUGAUCACCCUUCUAUAAUUGAAGAUGAUGGGGAUACCUUAGAGAACUCCAAUGGAAAUGAGAUUGUAAUAGCUGAGGAAUGUUCAGAUAUGGAGCCAUACGUAGGUAUGGAAUUUGAAUCCGAAGAGGCUUCAAAAGUCUUCUAUGAUGCAUAUGCCACACAGUUGGGAUUCAUUAUGCGCGUUGAUGCGUUCCGUCGAUCAAUGCGUGAUGGGAAAGUUGUUUGGCGUAGACUAGUGUGUAAUAAAGAGGGUUUUCGCAAGCUGAGGCCUAAAAGAAGUGAGAAUAGGAAGCCUCGAGCUAUCACAAGAGAAGGGUGUAAAGCAAUGAUAGUGGUAAAGAAGGAGAAAUCAGGAAAUUGGGUUGUGACAAGAUUUGUAAAGGAACAUAAUCAUCCACUAAUAAUCACUCCUGCCAAUGGUCGUCGGAGUGUGGUUCUAUCUCAAACGCCAGACGAUAAAGACGUGAAAAUUCGAGAACUGACUGCUGAAUUGCAGCGAGAGCGGAAACGAUCUGCAGCUUUUCAAGAACAGCUUGAUAUGGUACUAAGGGAUAUGGAGGAGCACUCUAACCACCUAUCAAGAAACAUAGAUGAUAUAGUUGAAAGUGUGAAAAAAAUAGAAGGGAAGAAAGUGGCUUUUUCUCACAGCUAACUGUUGUAAAGUGUUUGAUUAUGUGUCUUCUUAAUCAUUUUGUACAAUUUCAUCUGUGCCAUUGUUUCGAGUCUGAGACUGAAUUUUGACAUCUUAGGCUUAGAAUUCUUAGUUCAGAUAUUAUUUCUGACUCUGUACUUGUAAAAAUUGCACAUCUAUAACUACUAUUAGUGAAAUGUUAUUAUUGACCACACAAUGUCCAAA